AUGGAUGUACCGGGAUUCGCCGUCAUCACUGGAGCUGCCUCUGGCAUUGGACGGGCUUGUGCAAACGGCUUCGCGAAGGAAGGAUCAGCCGGAGUCGCUCUUCUCGAUCUCAACGAUGAGGCGUUGCAGAUUGUCAAGUCCGAGAUUGAGGCGGCUUCACCGAAAUGUCGUGUUCUCACCUACGCUAUCAGCGUGGCCAACGAAGAGCAAGUCAUCGCCUCCGUGAAUGACAUCGCGGCCAAGUUUGGGCGCAUCGACUACGCCGUCAACGCCGCCGGUUUAGCCAUGAAGCAUCAGGGCGGUGCCGCCUUUGCCAAGACAGAGGACUGGAAACGCAUCCUGGACGUCAACCUGGAUGGGUCGUUCUUUGUGCUCAAAGCCGUUGCCCAGGUCAUGCUGAAACAAGACUACAUCCUCUCUUCCGUCGAUGGCCGCCCACUGCAACGCGGCUCCAUUGUCAACUUUAGCUCCAUCCAGGGUGUCGUGGGCAUCACACUCUCCGCCGCAUACUGCACGUCCAAGCACGCCAUCGUCGGGCUUACGCGGACUGCAUCAGAGGACUACGCGGACCAGGGUCUUCGGAUCAAUGCCAUCUGUCCUGGAUACACCGAGACGCCGCUGACUACCAAGAACCCCGACGUGCUGAAGGCAAUGCAAGAGCGGGUAUCGACUGCAGUGCCGAUGAAGCGCAUGGGCCAGCCUCAAGAACUGGCUGAUGGUGUUUUGUAUCUUGCUGGUGGACGCAGUUCGUUUGUCACUGGCAGUGUCUUGAUGGUCGAUGGGGGAUACACCUGCAGGUAG